AUAACAUUUCCCGGAGCUCUAAUGGCUGGAAUGGCGAGAUUUAGGGUUUCUAGGAUACUCGGGAUACCUGCUAGCAGAGGCAAUGUCCUAGAACAGAGACACCAUUUCUUCCUUUUGUAUGACUAUAGCUCCAGGACCUCCACCGGGUUUAGCUACGCCACCGCUGCUAAAGCGGCGGAUGCGAGUGGUCACCAGUUUUUGGUGGAUUUCCUGACAAGCUCACUCAACUUCUCCAGAGAUGACGCCGUCUCUGCCGCUGCAAAGGUACCCUCCUUCAAAUAUCAAACAAGACCCGCAUUGGUUGUGGAUUAUCUGAAACGGGUAGGAAUGGAUCCUGCCCAUAUCAAGAAUGCGGUUUACAGGUGCCCAAAAUUGCUGUUUUUGGACCCCGAGCGAACCAUAAGCCCCAAAAUCAAAUGCCUCCAAGAAUUCGGUAUACCUGAGUGUGAUCUUGUUAGACUUAUUGUUAGAGAUGGCUUGAUUUUGUCUAGAGGGUUAGAGAGUCAUCUCAAACCUGUCUUAAAGUUUCUCAGGGAAGCUGCGGGUAGUGAUGAAAAUUAUUUAAAAGCUUUUAGGAGAUGUUCUUGGUUGCUCUCGUUUGGUAACCACACACGGAUGGAGAAAAAUAUACUGCUGCUUCAGAACUUUGGGCUUUCAAAGAAGCAGCUCAAACGGAUGAUCAUCACAAGACCAUGUUACUUAACUACCAAUACGGAUUGGGUUAAAAAGAUCUUGAUCAGAGUAGAAAAGGAAUUUGGGAUUCCCAGAAACUCUCCAAUGUUCCCCAGUGGAAUGUUUGUGGCCACUGCACUGAGCAAGACGACUGUGGAGAAGAAAUUUGAAGUCUUUAGGAGCUUUGGUUGGACCGAUGUGGAAAUUUCAGGCAUUGUGAAAAGACAACCUCAUUGUUUAACACUGUCAGAGGAUAGGUUGAAGAAGGGACUGUGUUUUUUAAUGAAGGAACUUGGGUAUGGUCCCGACUACCUGACUCUUCGCCCAAAGCUUUUAAUGUCUAGUUUGGAGAAGAGGACCAUCCCCAGGAGUCAAGUGCUGAAAAUUCUUAAAGAAAACAAUCUGAGAACAUCCACGCUCUCUACCACCAUUUCAUGGUCUAAUUCCAAGUUUUCUGAGAUUUAUCUGAUGCCAUACAAGGACAAGCUACCCGGUAUUCAGAAAUACAUUACAAAGGUGAAAAGUCACUACAUAUGAGGUAAAUUAUUGUGGGUGGAGGCCCAUCAGUGGCAUUUAUUCUUCAGCAGAAAAGCCAUAAACUUUUUUCAUCAUCUCUGAGAAGUUGUUGCUAAGAUGGUAUCAAAGGCAAUUGAUCUUGUUAAAAAUGAGAUUCCCCUAGAAGAGGAAUCAAUGAUUUUAUCAGAAGCAUCCAAAACAGGUUUGGUUCUGGUAGACAUCAUCAAUGGUUUCUGCACUGUUGGAGCCGGAAACCUGGCACCAAGGGAGCCCAAUAGCCAGAUCUCACAAAUGAUGGACGAAUCCGCAAAGCUGGCAAGGCUGUUCUGUGACAAAGGCUGGCCUGUUCUUGCCUUUCUUGAUUCACACUGUCCAGACAAACUUGAACAGCCUUAUCCUUCUCACUGCAUAUCUGGAUCAGAAGAAUCCAAUCUUGUUCCUGCUCUAAGAUGGCUAGAGAAAGAACCAAACGUCAGGAUCAGGCACAAAGGCUGCUAUGAUGGCUACAUCGGAUCAUUUGAGGAAGACGGCUCUAACGUUUUUGUUGAUUGGAUAAAAUCCAACAAGAUUCAAGUGAUCGUGGUGGUUGGAGUCUGCACAGACAUAUGUGUGCUGGAUUUUGUAUGCUCAACCAUAUCGGCCAGAAACAGAGGCUUUCUUGACCCUUUGGAGGACAUUGUCCUUUACUCAAAGGGCUGUGCCACUUUUGACUUCCCCCCUCCCAUGGACACAGAGAGGAAUUUGAUGCCUCAUCCCCAAGAGCUCAUGCACCACAUGGGACUUUACAUGGCCAAAGAAAGAGGUGCAAAGAUAGCCAAAGAUGUUUCUUUCUCUCAGGUUUUGACCUAAACACCCUUUAGCAACUGACUAGAAAAUUUAAAAGGGCUUUCUUGUCCCAUAAAACUUGUGUGUAUGCUUAUAAUAAUUUUGAUAAUGUGAGUUUCACCACUUGAAUAGUUGAAUUCAAAACUGGAUCAUCUUUGCAUCUUUAAACACAGU